GAUGAAGUCAAGGCAUACUCUAGUUUUGAGAUGGAGACUUUGCUUGUCAAAGUAACACAGAUUUGAUGAAAAUGGCCUUGUAUCAGGCGAGGAAAUGCUAUUUAAACAUGUUCAAUGUCCUCACAAUCAGUCUAUACAAUCCAACACAAACACAACUCAAUCAAUCAAUUCAUCAAUUCAUCAUUUCAUCAUACCACAAUCCAUUAAAUAAAGCAAGCCACCAUGGUUGCUCCCAAUUCUCUUCUACUUGUUUCCCUCACGGCUGCCACCGCCUUUGCCAGCCAGCCAACUCCCGGGUCUCAAACACAAACGCAAUACUUCCAUUAUCAGCCUGCCAUUGAGUCACAUGAAGGCACAAUUCAGCAAAGAGACCCUGGACGUCUCUCGGGUAGUCUCUCGAAUUUGCGUUCUAACUAUUGUGAUGGUUGUAGCGCCCUACAGUUCGAGCAAGCGAACCCCAAUAACCAAAAGAGGGAACUCCGGUAUCCUAAAUCAGUUUCACAACCAGAAACGCCACGUGCCAUACCUUAUGGAAAAGCACGAACCGAGUGAGGAGUUGGUCCAGCCCCAAGAUGGAGCCGAGAACAGCGAUAAGGAAAAGAGGGUGGUGAUGCUUCCACCAGGGUCGUCAGGAUAUGAACGGCAAUCGAAGUCCAUUGAAGAGGCAACGAAGGAGGGUUUAGCGAUUGCAAAGAGGGUGGUGAUGCUUCCACCAGGGUCGCCAGGCUAUGAACGGCAAUCGAAGUUCAUUGAAGAGGCAACGAAGGAGGGUUUGGCGAUUGCAAAGAGGGAGCCUAGCCCUGAACCAGAAGAUUUCAACAAGAGAGAGGAUGCUUCUGAGUCUAUCACCAAACCAUCGUGGACUGGAAAUGUCCCUCUUGGCAACAACCCACUCCCACAGAACCUGCCAUCUGAGCAGAAGCAAGGCAAUGAAAAGAGGGAACUCAAGGGGAAACUGGACGACCACAGAAUUCAAUGCUCUGGCAUUCUGGGGGUCUGUGACGAUGAUGGCCUUUCCUGGAGCAUCCUCGAGGACAUCAAUAAGAACCAUUAAACCUGAUGAUGCUCACUCUCGAUUCAUGAAAAUGAAGAUAUGGCUUUGACUCUUUUUCUUUCUUUUGUUUUGUUCUUUUGUUUUGUGAAUAGCAUAGCAUGGACCGGUUAUUACUUUUAUGCAUUUGUUAUGUGUGUUUUUGGAAUUUGUGU